GCAGCGCCCACUCCUUCGUGGCCUAGAAGAGUGGCGAGCACAGUUUGGAAUGCAAUGCCGUCACUCCGCAGAUCUCCGACUCCGGUCAGGGGAAGUUCAGGAGGCUCUCAGGAUUCCUCUGCGCUUGAAAAAACGGGUUCUCAGGAUUCGCCUGCGAAUAUAGAGGAGAGUACUGAAGAAGACUCAGGAAAAGAAGCUGCGCCAACGUCAAAUACUGGACAGUUUUUGGGUGUUUCUAGUCCUACGUCUCCCGCAGGGGAAGGAGAGGAAACGCCCUCCAAUAAAGAUGCU